AUGGAAGCCGCGCCGCGUUUCUCGCAUGUCCGCUGUCUCCGUGGACGAAGUGACGCCCGGCUGAUGGCUAUGAUUCGCUCCCGCAUCUCGCAGUUCCUGCGGGGACGGUCGCCGUUUGAUCUUCCUUUCCACGGGUCGGUACUGGGGUCCAACUUGUUUCGUAUCGUUAUUGAUGACCUGAUUGAGGGAUUUGAGUGCGCCCUCAGCAAGUUUGCAGAUGGCACCAAGUUCGUAGCCUGCCUUUCACCUGUGACAAUCGCAGUCUGCGGGAGAGCAACAAAUGGCCACACCGCAUCCAUCUCAGCGUUUUUCCAGUGGAGCGCUACAGUUGAGUGCCGCUUCCUCAAUGGCACCGAGCGGACGAGGUUUCUGGUGAGGCACGUCUACAACCGGCAGCAGUACGUGCACUUCGACAGCGACGUCGGUCUCUUCGUGGCCGACACGGUCCUGGGAGAGCCUUCUGCUCGGCUCUUCAACAGCCAGCCGGACGUGCUGGAGAAGAACAGGGCUGCGGUGGAAAUGCUCUGCAACUACAACCACGAGACAGUGGCCCCUGUGACGCUGCGGAAGAGAGAGCCCAAGGUGAGGAUCUGUGCGCUGCAGUCGGGCUCCCAGCCCCAAAGCGACCGGCUGGCUUGCUACGUGACGGGCUUCUACCCACCCGAGAUCGAAGUGAAGUGGUUCCAGAAUGGGCGGGAGGAGACGGAGCGCGUCGUGUCCACGGACGUGAUCCAGAACGGGGACUGGACCUACCAGGUGCUGGUGCUGCUGGAGACCAGCCCACGGCACGGGGACAGCUACGCGUGCCGGGUGGAGCACAGCAGCCUGCGGCAGCCCAUCGGCCAGCCCUGGGAGCCGCUGGUGGAUGUGGGCAGGAGCAAGCUGCUGGUGGGCAUCGGGGGCUUUGUGGUGGGGCUCGUCUACCUGGCGCUGGGGCUCUUCCUCUUCCUGCACACUAAGAAAGUUUCAGGGCACCCUGAUCCAACCACUCCAGGGAUUCUGAAUUACGAGCUGCCCCACACUGCUGCUCCACCAGCAUGUCCUGCGCUCCCCAGCCAGGAGCUAGAGUUUCCCUUUGUGUUGUCACCGCGUUCCCUGCUGCCCCUGCACAGCCUGCUCUGUCCCCUUCUCAAUUAGAACUCGCUGAGCUGUUGA